AUGAAGAGGCGAAAUGCCGAUUGCGGCAAACUCAGACGCCCUCUGAAGCGAAAUAAGAUCACAGAAGGGAUAUACGGCAGUACCUUUCUUUAUCUCAAAUUUCUUAUGAUAUGGGCGCUGGUUUUAUUGGCAGACUUCAUCUUGGAAUUCCGUUUUGAGUAUCUCUGGCCGUUUUGGUUAUUACUGCGCAGUGUCUACGAUUCAUUCAAAUACCAAGGAUUGGCGUUUUCUGUGUUCUUUAUUUGUAUAGCGUUUACAUCAGAUAUGAUUUGUUUACUGUUUAUCCCAGUCCAUUGGUUAUUUUUCGCUGCAAGUACAUAUGUCUGGGUCCAGUUUGUUUGGCAUACUGAACGUGGGAUAUGUCUUCCGACAGCUUCGCUUUGGUUAUUAUUUGUUUAUAUUGAAGCGUCGGUGCGUUUGAGAGAACUUAGAACAGCAUUACCUUUUCACUUAGAUCUCUGUCGACCGUUCGCAGCACAUUGUAUUGGGUAUCCUAUGGUUACGCUCGGUUUUGGUGUUAAAAGUUACGUAAGUUAUAGAAUGCGACUAAGAAAACAGAAAGAAGUAGCAAAAGAUAAUGAUUUUUAUAUGCAGUUGCUACAGCAAGCCUUGCCACCAGAACAACAAACAUUAUCAUCAUCUUCAUCGUCUUCAAUAACAGAAAAAACAAAAGCUAUUACAUCAUCUAAAACAGAAGAAGUUGUCGCGAAUGGGAUAUCUCAUAAAAAAGGUGCCUCUAUACCCAACGGCACAGGUGCAAAAGGAAUUUCCGACCCGGAGCACAAAACAAAGGAUAAAAAGCAUACAAGUAAUAACAAUGCUUCGUCCGACUCCUCCCUCGGAGAAGGCGAUUUUAUAGAGACAAAGCUACAUAAACGUAGCAACGCCGACUUUGACGGGACUAAGGAAAAUCUUGCCAAUGAAAACAUGAAAAGUUUUAAAUCCAACAGUGUCGGUUCUACGGCAAAGUCUAAAAAUGCCAAUAUGGCCAAGGAAAAUACUAUAGCUCAGAACAAGAAAAAGAAUGUGUCAAGAACUGAAAAUCUGGAUUACACCUCCAAUGUGGUGACGUACAGAGACGACAGAUGCUACAGACUGGAGGCUGAUAUUAAAAGGCUAAAGGCUGACUUGCAGGGAAGUCGACAGACAGAACAAGACUUGAGGUCACAGAUUGUCUCUUUACAAUUGGAGGAAAAAGCCGUUAAGUCAGAGCUUCAUAAGGUGAAAGAAACCAACGAAUGCUUGCAAUCAAGAUUACAUAAUCUGGUAACCCAAAAACAGCAAGAUAAGCAGAACUUGAGUAAGCUGGAACAAAAAUUGAAACUGGAAAAAGAGAAUCGAGGGUUGGCAGAGUCUGCACUUCAAACUGAAAGAAAGAACAAAAAAGCUGAAGAGGCAGCGGCUACAAGAGCUGUUGCCUUGGCAACUUCCAGGAUUGGCGAAUGUAGCGAAAGUUGCAAGUCUAAAAGAUUAGACUUAUCAGAUGAAGUCAAACUACUGAAAAAUCAACUGAGAGACAAAGAUGAGAUUAUCAAAAGGUUGGAUGAUGAGACUCGGUUUGACGAAGCAUAG